AUGCUCUGUCAGUUUCCUCCUCCGCGUCCUCGGCGGCGUCCGCUUCCCAGGCGAAGCCGCAGGCACCCGCGAGGGCACAGGCAGGGGCUCCCGGCGGUUGGCCUGGCAGGGGUAGGACGGCGGUAGGAGCUGGGCGCGCACGGUUACCGAGCGUGGAGGAGACACUGCCCUGCGGCGAUGGGUGCCAGGGGCGCUCCUUCACGCCGGAGGCAGGCGGGGCGGCGGCUGCGAUACCUGCCCACCGGGAGCUUUCCCUUUCUUCUCCUCCUGCUACUUCUCUGCAUCCAGCUCGGGGGAGGACAGAAGAAAAAAGAGAAUCUUUUAGCUGAAAAAGUAGAACAACUGAUGGAAUGGAGUUCCAGGCGCUCAAUCUUCCGAAUGAAUGGUGAUAAGUUCCGAAAAUUUAUAAAAGCACCACCUCGAAACUAUUCUAUGAUUGUUAUGUUCACUGCUCUUCAGCCUCAGCGGCAAUGUUCUGUGUGCAGGCAAGCUAAUGAAGAAUAUCAAAUACUGGCUAACUCCUGGCGCUACUCGUCUGCCUUUUGCAACAAACUCUUCUUCAGUAUGGUGGACUAUGAUGAGGGGACAGAUGUUUUCCAACAGCUCAACAUGAAUUCUGCUCCUACAUUCAUGCAUUUUCCUCCAAAAGGCAGACCAAAAAGAGCUGAUACUUUUGACCUUCAAAGAAUUGGAUUUGCUGCUGAACAACUAGCAAAGUGGAUUGCUGACAGAACGGAUGUUCAUAUUCGAGUCUUCAGACCACCCAACUAUUCUGGCACCAUAGCUUUGGCCCUGUUAGUGUCACUCGUUGGCGGUUUGCUCUAUCUAAGAAGGAACAACUUGGAAUUCAUCUAUAACAAGACUGGUUGGGCCAUGGUAUCUCUGUGUAUAGUUUUUGCUAUGACUUCUGGGCAGAUGUGGAAUCAUAUUCGUGGACCUCCAUAUGCUCAUAAGAACCCACACAAUGGACAAGUGAGCUACAUUCACGGAAGCAGCCAAGCACAGUUCGUGGCCGAGUCACACAUUAUUCUGGUACUAAAUGCUGCUAUCACCAUGGGGAUGGUUCUUCUAAAUGAAGCAGCAACAUCCAAGGGAGAUGUUGGAAAAAGACGGAUAAUUUGCCUAGUGGGAUUAGGCCUGGUGGUCUUCUUCUUCAGUUUUCUACUUUCAAUAUUUCGUUCCAAAUACCACGGCUAUCCUUAUAGUGAUCUGGACUUUGAGUGAGAAGAUGUGAUUUGGACCAUGGCACUUUAAAACUAUAACCUCAGCUUUUUAAUUAAAUGAAGCCAAGUGGGAUUUGCAUAAAGUGAAUGUUUACCAUGAAGAUAAAGUGUUCCUGAGAUAUAGUUUGAAUUCUUGAGUUCAUAUCCACGUUGAUUGUGAUAAUUCUAGCUUAUUCUUGUACAAUUUUUGAAAUGUGUUUUCCUAGCCAAUUUAAUUUAUAGAAGUGGAUAGUUAAGAUUCAUAUUAGCACUGGAAAGAACAAGAAAUAUUGAAGUGUUUUCAAGCAUAUUAUAUUCAGUGUAUGCUGUAGGACUGAAAUAAAUGACAAUGUAAAUUAUGAAUUCAUGUGUUAGAACUGUUCACUCAUUAGUAAAGAAAACCACAAUGUUAGUAAGGGAAAACUAUGAAAUAUAUGUUAAAGAAUCCUUAAGGUUGUACAGAGAUAAGGUAUAUGCAUGAAAAUAUGUCACAUACUGAGAAAAUAUAUUCCUUGUCAUUUCAGUAUAAAGGAUGUGUGUAUGGUUACAAAUGUUUUGUUGUGAUUACUCACAAUUAGAGGCAGGGAGCUGGGUGAAUAGUGCCUACAACUUAGAAGCUUAACCUGGGAAAUGGGAGGUUUUUUCCCCAGGACAUGAAUUUUAAAAAUAAACAGGUCUAAAUCAGUAAGCUUGAAGGUAUUAGGUAUCUGGAAGCAACACACCAGAACUAGAAAUUAAUUCCCUCUCUAAAUUUAGAAGGGUCACCCAGGAAUCCAGACUUGUGAUUGCAAAACUAACCCUGAUGGCCAUUUCCCCCAUGUAUUAUAUGGAAGAAGUUUGCCAUCAAAACCUCAUUCCCUGAAUCCAGAUAAAAAUUAUACUAUAUGUGAGUGACUCAGUGAAGCUUUUUUGAAAACCAAAUAUUGGAGUCUAACCAUUACUAUGUUUGUAUAUCUUCUUUUAGUUUAUAAAGCACUUUGCAUAUGUUAUUUUCUUUACAUCAACCCUGUAAAUUAGACAGGAUUUAAAAAUUUUUUCUGACUUACAGAAGUAUUAGAAUCUGAAAGCCAGAAAGAAUAGAAAAAUAGGGAUUAUGAACUGGGCUUUCGAACUCUCAAAUCUGAAUUUUUGUUUUCUUUGGUGCUAAGGAAGAAUUUAAAAACACAGUUUAGUAAACUUUGUUUCUCCUUUUUUUUUUUUUUUUUUAAAGGUUUUGUUAUCUAAUUUUGGCUAAGAUCUAAAUAAUAGACCAUGGAAAACUUAGGAGUUUCAGGUGUACAGUCUCAAAUAGGAACCAAGUGCACAUCUACUAAAUUUAUUUAUUUCAUACCUUUAUGAAAUUCAAUAAAGAAUGGGAAAUAUAAAAAUCCUACAGGGGCAUAUGAAGCUAAGUUCCAGGGCAGUAUGUGUGCUAGAAAUAAGUUAUCUUGUCAAAAUGGGAUAUUCAGUGAAAAUUGCAUAAUAAUUCAGAACUCUGUUCACCUUACCGCAUAUUCCCAAAUCUGUUAUUAAAAAGCACAUUAAGUUCCCUAGUUCCUGUUCAAAGUGUGAUAAAUUUAGUACGGGAAUGGCAUUUAUGGAAAAACAUUAAGUUAUCAUGAUCAUUUGUUUAAUGCCUAUCCCUAGGUAGCACUUGACCUGUAAAUGUAAAUCUAUUGAGUAUUUUUACAUUUUCUAAGAUUCAUUCAGAAGAGGCAUUACAGUUGGAAUCUGAAACCAAACUUUACAUGUAAACACGUUUAUUAUAAUUAUUUUUGUCUCCUUAAGGCUCAAAGUUGUUGUUAAACAACGUACAUUUGUCUAUAAAACUUUAAUAUAGUGUUCAAUCAUGACCAAAGUCAGACAAUGACCAAGGUAAGGAGAACUUCUCUAUUUCAGAUUAGUAAAAGUUUUGUAGCCUGUAUUAUGUAAUUUCCUUUCAGUAAUAUAUGCCUCAACAACAAAAAAUUUUUAGCAUUUUAUAGCUAGAGAGCUGUCACUUGGCUAUAGCCUGUUGUUACAUUAGGGAAGUCAUUCUAGAGGGAAAUAAACUGCCUCAAGACAAGUUGUUACUGGAAAGUGCUAUGGGCAAAACUACAAAGAGUGGUUCAAAUGUAGUUUCGCUUCCGAAUUUAGCAUAUGGAAAAUCAUGUAUGUAAUAUAGGCUAUCUUUACCUUUGCCAAACAAAUUAAAUUGAAAAAUCAAUUCUUACCUGGUAUGCUGUAUCCUGCAAUGUCACUUUUCAACCAGAUGUACUGUAUUGAAGGCUCCCUUAAAAACUGAUUAUAUGGUGCACAGUCUUCAGUUAGAAUAAAAAGAACUGCUUUCCUACCCAGAGGAAAAAAUCUUAACAUAAAAUCCCAUCCAAAGGAGUGUAAUUUCUAACAACAUCUAAUGAAUAAAAUGUUGCAUUUUGCUCAGCA